AUGGGGUUUCAAUCUUUUCCGAUCUCUGAAAUGGACGGUACCGACGACGAAAUGCAGCACGAAGCGAUGUUCGCAAAACGAGGUUGUUGUUUUAUCCUCCCUUGUCUCGGAUCAUCUCAGCCGUCUAGUCACGGCGGAUCCGUUUGGUGGCAACGAAUCAGAACCGUCGAUAAAUUAGAGCCAGAGGAGCGAUGGUGGAUGUCCGGUUGGAAUAAGAUGAGAGAAUGGUCUGAGAUUGUGGCUGGACCUAAAUGGAAAACAUUCAUUCGCCGGUUUGGUCGGAAUCACUGCUGCGGUGGAGGUGGAGACGGAGGUUUUAACCGGCCGGAUACGGUUAGUUUCCGGUACGAUUCGUGGAGUUAUUCGUUGAAUUUCGACGACGGGAAACAAACCGGUCGGUUCGAGGAUGAGUUUCCUUACCGUGAUUACUCGUUAAGGUUCACGGCUCCGUCUUUGCCGGUAUCUACGAAAUGCUCUAUUGAUUUUGACAACGAUGACUACGCGCCGCCGCUGAUUUAG